CUCGUCUAAUACUAACAUUAGACCAUUACUUUGUGCUUAUAAUGUAGGACUUGUAUUUAUAUCCAUUAUUCUGGUUCUUUGGAGAACAACAAGGGUUCAUGGGUAUUAGGCCUAAUGCUUGAAUCUUGAGUUUGCAGUGUACUUGGAUUAUCAUUCUCAUCGUUGGCCUUACACAUCAAUGGGGGGAUGGAUAAUGUGUAAUAAUCUGUGUCUAUGUCCUUUAUGUCUAUGAGUCAUGGCUUCAUUCCAAUGAAAUGAAGGAUAUUAAUUGAAUAUGCAGGUAGUGAUUUGUGAUAAAAGUCGUUUUUUUCACCAAGAGAUUUCUGUGAACUGACUGUGUGGGUGUGCGGCGGAUAGCAAAGGUCUGCUUUCAGAGGAAAAGGUGAUGCGAAAUGGAAGGCAAUUAUAUUGAUGGAGGGCAGAAGGUGCCACUGUUCUAGUUGCAUGUUUUCUGAUUCCUUGGAUAUGGUGUCUAAUCAAUAACCCGGAAACUAAGACCCCUCGAGACGUUUGGAAAUAAUCACUAAUUACUAAUUACUUCUUUUUCACCUGGCUUGUUGUGAUUUUCACAUCAUCCUUUCAGUCGGUUUUGAUUGUGAACACCUGUAUCUCCACACAGGAGUUAAAUGCCGAAUACCAGGCAGACCCGAUACAAUACGUUUACGCACCGAUUCCAAAUAUGACAGAUUUCCAGAUGCCAAGGUCCAUCACACCUACCAGUAGACCACUGAGGAAAAUAAAAAAUCCACAGGAAGGACUUGAUGGUGAAGAACCAAAGCAGGCUAUGUUCGCCAUGGAGAUCAGUGUAGAGAAGGACAUGAGAACAGGAGAGAGCCAAGUCGUGUCCAUGACCACCCUAACCCCUGAAGAGUUCCAACAGAAGGGUGUGAAGGUCUACGAUGAUGGGAAGAAGUCUGUCUAUGCCCUACGCCCGGAGGGACAGGUGACCCGGAAUGGGGUGGGGUUGGGCGAACUGAGUAACGUUGAGGUGGAGGCGCUCCUGCGCCAGGCUGGGGAUGCAGAGGUCCCCACCGAGGUCCAGUACCACAGGCCCGUCUAUGCUGCUCCUUACACCAGCAGGCCUUCAACCCCUGCAUGGAAGCCUGAGCAGGGACACGUCAGCCCCAGUCCUGGUGAGCCCAAUGGUCAUCGGACCUCCAUUACAACCCCCCAUCCUCAAGCCAGCCCUUUCCAGAUGCUUCCAGAAGCUCUGCCCAGAGAUGGAGCCCAGAGCAGGGAAGAAGUAGCCAGCUCUGCCCCCUCUCACAUUCCAAACAUCCACGCUGACAAGCAUCUAGUGCAGCCUCAAUCACCUCCCCAUCAAGGUUUCCAAACUUGCCAGAGCCUCACCAAUGGUAGCAGUGGUAUAGGCCCACACCCAGAUAAAAACAGACCAGCUAUCAUUGCAGUCCUGAGUUCAGGAGAAAGCCGCACUCCCAUACCGCUGAUAGAGAAUACUGUGACAGAUUGGGACAGGCAGUCACCAAUCUACCCCAACUGUCGUCAGUCUCCAUUCUACCCCAGCAGUCGACAGUCARCAUUUUACACCAGUGACAGUGGUGAGUCCUCCUUCAACAUCAUGAACACCUUGCCACCUGAUCUGGACUCUGAACCAGUGACAAUGAUCUUCAUGGGCUACCAGAACGCAGCAGAGGAGGAAGAUGAGGAGAAUAUCCAGGCCGAGCUGGUCGUCAUCGGAAACGGCGAUGAUGAUGAAGAAGAUGACAACAACGUACCCUCAUACCACCCCGAGGGGUACCGAAGCAAGAUCUUCCAACCCACAGCCAGAUGCAACAACAACACAGACUAUACUGCAGAUUCCACAAACUCUGAGAGUCUGCUACACCGACCCACGUUCACCCACAAACCUGGGAAGCGCAGUUCCGACCCAGACCAACAGCCCCUGGCCAUAGAAGUGCCCACGAGCGCAGGUAUCAAGACGGGCAAAAAUAAUUACUGCUGCUUAGGGGGCUGGGGCUCUUCAAUCCCUCUCAUCAAAUGCUAACCUAGUCUCUCAUCUACUCUAACAACCUAACACUCUCUCUCUGAUCUUGUGAGCCUUUGAGAUCACACGCAAACACUGUGGCUUCUGCGCCAACCUACUCACAUCCCAAGCAUGUACGGCAUUCUCUAACCCGUGGACCSUACGUUCACCCUCUUUUGUCUUCCUUUAACAAGAUAAUAAGGCACAGUUUUAGAGCGGUUACCACACCUGGCAUUACUUUAUGUGGCCUUAUUUGAACUAUAGUCAACUCUGACAACUGAAUGGAAGCUUUUAACUGUUUUGAAUCGAAACAAUAUCGGAGAGAUGUUGUCAUGUAAAUCAGUGUAUUACUAAC